CCUGAGGCUUCCCUGGGGUGCGCAUAUAUAUUUUGUGUACACAGCAGUGUUUCUGUUCCGAGUCAGCUGCGGCACGGUCCAGUAAACUUGGCCUGUACUCGUGUAUUGUCACGAAAUUAAAAUCCUUUAAUCCCAAUCAUGCCUAACCCCAGAGUUUUCUUCGACAUCACAAUCGGCGAUUCCGCCGCCGGCAGGAUUGAAAUUGAGCUUUUUGCUGAUGUGGUCCCCAAGACUGCAGAAAACUUCCGUGUCCUGUGCACCGGGGACAAGGGGUUUGGCUACAAGGGCUCCAGCUUCCAUCGCAUCAUCCCCGGUUUCAUGUGCCAGGGUGGUGACUUCACCAACCACAAUGGAACCGGGGGCAAGUCCAUCUACGGCAACAAGUUUCCCGACGAGAACUUUACCCUGAAGCACACAGGCAUGGGCUGUCUGUCCAUGGCCAACGCUGGCCCCAACACCAAUGGAUCCCAGUUCUUCAUCUGCACUGCUAACACCGACUGGCUGAACGGCAAGCACGUUGUGUUCGGCAAGGUCGUGGAGGGGCUCAGCAUUGUCGCUAACAUGGAGAAGAAGGGUUCGAGCAGUGGCAAAUGCUCUGCCAAGGUCGUCAUCGCUGACUGUGGAGAGCUCUGAGCACCCUCCCUCUCGCUCUUUCCGCUUUCAUCCCUCCUUUCCACCCUGCCUCCUUUCACCCAGCUUUGAGAUUUUCAUCCCUUGGAGAUUUUCAUCCCUUGAUUUUCAUCCCUCCACACAGCUCUAAGCAUCAACCUCUCCUUCCUUCUACCCCUCCCUUAAGCUCUCCCCUCCCCGUAAUCAGAAACAUUCCCUUUAAGUGAGAUUAUUUUUUUUUAACCAUUCCUCUCCCUUACUGAACGGGUUGUCCUGUCUGAACUAGUUUCAUUUGGCUUGCUUUUUUUUAUUUAUUUUUUGGAUUGUUCCAUCAGGACCACAUUUGUUUAGCAAAUUCUGAAUAAAGUGGCAAAAGAUUCCUUAAUCGUGUCAUUGA